UCAGAUUCUGUCUGACAAAGUUACCGGAGCCGCAUCUGCAUUUCUGCCCGUUCACCGCGCGCGGGAGAAGAGGAGAAACAGUCUCGCGGAGGAGGAAAUCCUUUCCUUUAAACACCCCAAAGUCGGUGUUUUUUUGUUUGUUUGUUUCCGACGGGAUCAAACGCCCUUGAGACAUUGUAGGUGGGGGAUUUCUUUUUUUUUAAAAAAAAAAAAAAAAGGAGAAGAAAAAAAAGAAUGAUAAUAUUAAAUAAAUAAUUAAAUAAAUAAAUCGACGGUGUCGCUCGUGCUGCCGGUGGAGCCGUUGUUUUGCGUCGCUUGCGCAAUGUGCCACGACGCUCGCGCGCGGAUUGAUGCCGGAACGUUUUGGAAUUUAGCUUAAAGUUUUUUUUUGUUGUUGUUGUUCGCGUGAGGGAGAGAAAAUCAGACUGAUAACUUGGUGAAGUCUUUGCGUCUUCGGAUAAAUGGAGUGUCUUUUUUCUUCUUGUUCUUCUUGCUCUCUUGCCUUUCUUCGCGCGGACCUUGACGGAGACUCGGUGUGUUUAAUGUGACGUUUUGUCGGAGCCGUUCUACGACAUGCUGCAUGGUCACGACGGAGGAACCGACACACGCGGAUACCGGAUAUCUUCGACGCGCUCGUGCUGCGGCGGAGCUCUGAUUGCGUCGCGGGACCGGCGGAGGCUGCUGCGCGCGACGGCGCCGGUUUGCGGGCUCGGGAAGACGCGUGCCAUGCGGAUGAUUCGGGACGCAAGACGCAUAUGAAAAACCCUUACCGACUGUCCACACCGAUGAGCUCUGCCAUGCGACGGCGAUGGUUUGUGGUGCUGCUGGUGCAGGCAUGGCUCUCUGCGAGUUUUUCUAACGGUGAGCGGCCAUGCCCACGGAGCUGCCGCUGCGAUGGCAAGAUCGUUUACUGCGAGUCCAGUGCGUUCCGCGACGUGCCAAAAAACCUGUCUGGUGGCUGUCAGGGCUUGUCUCUGCGCUACAACAGCUUGGCAAGCUUGCGUGCUGGCCAGUUUGUUGGCCUCAACCAGCUCAUUUGGCUCUAUCUUGACCACAACUACAUUGCAACCGUGGACGCUCGUGCCUUUCAAGGAAUAAGGAGGCUCAAAGAGCUAAUCCUGAGCUCCAAUAAAAUCACGCUCUUGCAUAAUACCACAUUCCACCUGGUACCAAAUCUGAGGAACCUUGACCUAUCCUACAACAAACUGCAGGCUCUGCAGCCAGGUCAGUUCCAAGGACUGCGCAAACUCAUCAGUUUGCACAUGCGCUCCAACUCUUUGAAGAAUCUACCAUCUCGCCUGUUUCAGGAUUGCCGCAAUCUUGAAUUCCUCGACCUCGGCUAUAACCGUCUGCGCAGCAUCACACGUAACGCGAUGUCGGGGCUUGUGAAGCUGACGGAACUCCAUCUCGAGCAUAAUCAGUUCUCCAAAAUAAACUUUUCCAACUUCCCCCGGCUUUAUAACCUCCGCGCUCUUUACCUGCAGUGGAAUCGCAUCCGGACCAUGAGCGAGGGACUUACGUGGACCUGGAGUUCUCUACAGAAGUUGGACCUUUCAGGGAAUGACCUACAGGAGCUGGAGCCAGAGGUCUACAAAUGCAUGCCGAACUUGCAGACACUCAAUGUGGAUUCCAACAAGCUGGUUAACGUCUCUCAGGAAGUUGUGUCGGCUUGGAUUUCCCUGAGCAUGAUCAGCCUAGCUGGAAACAUGUGGGACUGUGGACCUGUCGUCUGCCCCCUAGUAGCUUGGCUGAAAAACUUUCAAGGGAACAAGGAGACUCCCAUGAUUUGCGCCUCACCCAAAGAGGUUCAAGGUGAGAAAGUCUUGGAUGCGGUGGACGCAAGUGGUGUGUGCAAGGUCAGUCAUGUUACUCCCUCAUUUGCUAGUUCUACAACUACCCUUUCUGGUGCCCCUGCUCUGAAUGCAGCCCUUCCCUUUUCUCCCACACUUCAUUCCGGAGGUAGCAGAAGGGGCCAGGGCACCUCCUUGCACCAUCCCACCCCUUCAAGACCACCACAAUCUGAUGUCUCUCAACCCGAACAAGAUUUUGAGCCAGUGUCUUUCCACAAGAUAGUGGCAGGGAGCGUUGCACUGUUUUUAUCCGUCGCAAUGAUUCUGCUUGUGAUUUACGUGUCUUGGAAGCGCUAUCCGAGCAGUGUCAAGCAGCUGCAGGAAAACACUUCAGCUGCCCGCAAACGUCGAAAAAAGUCUAGGGAGACUGAACGUACGCUCAGCACCCCCUUGCAGGAGUACUAUGUGGACUACAAACCUUCAAGCUCCGAGGCCACAGAUGUUCUGGUCAAUGGAACAGGGCCAUGCACAUACUCCAUAUCCGGUUCCAGAGAAUGUGAGGUUCCUCACCAGAUGAGCGCUCUGACCUUCUAUCGCUACGAACAGCCCGUUCUGGACUACUGCCAAGCCCAUCAGCCGAUGCGCCUCAACGUGAACUAUGAUUGCCCGCCUCAGGGUCUUGAUGAUCUGCCACCACGUGACAGGGGCACCAUUCAGACCGUGGCUCUGCCAGCUGUUCCACCCUCCAGCUCACCUCCUACCCUGAGAACACCCAUACAAGGCCCUGGUGUUUCUUACCCAAGCACGGAGCGCUCCAUAAAGUACCCGUCCAUCGAGCGGCCUACUAGCACCCUCACCUUUGGACGCUAGCACUCACGGGAUGCUAAAGCGAAUUCUAUAGGAUGGUAACGACUCUUUGGGUAGUUAGAGCCUUUGGAAAAGCUAACAUUUUCAGAAGGGAUUUCACUCCACAUACGGAUCUAACUUUACGUGGAUGGAUUCUUCUUCUUGCGAACUUUUUUUUUUUUUUCCUGAAAAAAAGAAGAGAGAAGGAUCUAUAAAAGACCCAACCAAGGACUCGCAACUCAGAUGUUCAAUACACGCUCCAUGACAGUGAGCUCUAUGUACAGGGAGAUGGGAUUUCAUUUGUGUGUUUUUUUUUUUGUUGUUUUUGUUUUUUUUGUCCUUUUUUUUAAAUUCUUUUUUUCAACACAAACGCUGCUCUUCUGAGUCUCGUUCGAUGGAAAAUUGAAACUCAAUACAGCACGCGUGGCGCGUUAAAUGGCACUUUAGUUGCUGUUCUAUGUCCUUUUCGUGCCAAACACGACGGGACGUUGCCUUUGAAAAGCUGAUAAUGGUGAUUCACUCACGCUGUGUCGAGAAUGAAACAGAACGUGCAAUAAACAAGUUUCGUAGUGGGAGGAAGAAGGGGGGAACAGGUGCGGAGACAAAAUAUGGCCUACAUGUAAGAGAAGGAAUGAAACAAGUUAAAGUUUAACAGCCCUCAAAGACAUCUCGCUGUUAUUUUCAGCUACAUUUCCAGACAGCGGUUAUACACGGUGUCAGUGAUUGAUCUUUGAAAGAGAUCAGGAUGUCCCGUUUGGACGUAAUCCUUUCAGAGAACAAGACGCUCUGCAGUAUCUGUUGAUACUAUCAGAAAGUUCCCAGUGCAGAUUUCAGUGCAGACCUCCUGAGAUGUGCACAUGUACCAAAGAUUAAGCGUUCUCUGAGAUGUACAGUACACACCGCAUCAGAUCCUCUUGUGGUACCAAACCACCAAAUCUGUAAGCUCGGACAAAGAUGAAAGGCCUGAAAUUGGUGUAAUGGAUUUACCCUCGGUUAUAGCUCAGAUGUCAAUCGUUGACGUGAACACAUUAACACAGAGAGAAAUGUGCAUUGCGUCUAGCUAGCUAGCUAGCUAGCUAGCUAGCUGUGUGUGUUUCUCCAGACUCUGUUAGCGGGUAGGAGUUAUACUCUGUCAAAACUGCCCCAGUUAUCUGCUGACCUUCAAUACAACAAGACAAAACAUAGGGUCAAAUAGGGUUAGGACAAAGGUGGCAAAUAGACUUGACAGUAGACUUGUGUGAUAUAGAUUUUCUUUUUCCUGCUCACGAUUGACCAUUUAAAAAAUAAUAAUAAUGACGGAGAACAAGAAUUCGACCAUUUUUAAGUAUAAGGAGUGUGCGGUCAGGAACUGCUUGUUGGCAGUGAAAACUCAGCUGAACGGUGGAUGGAUUUUUAAGUGAUUCUGCAGUAAUGUGCAGCAAACGGUAUAAAAAAUAUAUAUAAAUAAACAACAUAACAGUACAUCCGCUGCUUUAAACGUCAGCGUAUUUAAUCACUUUUUAAUUAUCAUUAUCGUUCAUAUUAUCUGUAAAGUGUUAGGUUUUGGUCCAAUUUUUAUAAUUAUUAUUUUUUUAUCAUAUUUGGGAAGUUUUUUGGCGGCAUACGUAAAGUAUAGCAAACCGAUGUAAGCUAAAUCAAACUCAUACAUGGAUCAUUUUUAUUAACUGACCCACAAAAUUCUCCAUUUACCUCGCAGUGUCCUGUGAGUCACGUCUGAAUAUGAACAUGUGAUGAUCUGGGAAGUGGGCGGGGCUUACAGGCAGGGUGAGUUGAUAUUAGAACGUUAAAAAAAAAAAAAAAAAACCUCCGUAACUGUCAACCGUUUCAGAUACAGAUACCGGUUGGUACGUUUGGCAUUUUUAUUGGGAAGUGUAGGAACCAAUAAAUCGUUAUCUCACACAAGUCUAUUUCUUUUAGCAGAGUGUAAAAAGGCAUGUCCGUCUGUCCAGCGUCCACUGAGAAAAGGAAAGAAAAAUGCCUGGUUUUGAAUUAAACCAAGGAUUACACAGUGUGAGGAUCCCAUUAGGGCCCAUUUGUUUCUAUAAAGGCCAAAUAAAUGGUUGCUUGCUGUGUGUUUGAGCAUCAAUGGCGGGGUUUGAGUGACAUUUUAAGACGUUUUAAUAGAUUUACAUGUUCAGUAUUUCAAUGCUUUGCUAUCAGAGUGUCUCCUGAGUGCUGAUUCACUGAAUGUUUGCCACUAGAUGCCAUGUUUCCAUCUACAGGAAGUCAAUUCCCCAUUGGCGCAACGUGGACCAGUGGUGAUUUGCAUUCAUUUUUACUUGUAAAUGGACUCCAGAUCUAAGGAACACUGGGAUUGUUGCCUGUAAACAUGGAUAUUUUUAUUUUUUUGUCACCCCGUGUGCCUGUGUGUUUGGACUCAACACAAUGAAUGUGGAUCUUGUACCUCACCAUGGGUGGAUUUUCUGGAUUUUAUUUAUUUUUUUGUUUUUGUUUUUUUUUUUGUUGUUGUUGUUUUUUUUUUAAAAAAAAAAAAAUCCUACUCUCCUGCACCACACCAACUUCAUUCUCGAAUGUCAAGGUCAGAGGUCAAUUCAAAGCCUGUCAGACUUUUAUUUGACCUUGACAUGCAAACUAAUUGGGAAGACGAUGCUCCAGCCUCGCUGCGAGAGACAUGGCACCCUCGAGGCGAUCAGUGACUCUGCACAAUGUUUGCAGACGCUAAUUAAUUAACACACAGGACGUGUUUAUCUUGUACAUAGAGAGGAAAAAGUAUCACAUCGUUUGCUUCUUGAUACACACACACACACACACACACACACACACACACAGAUGGUGAACAGUAGGUUUUGCUCUGCAGAGACUGAUCUCAGAACAGCCGUGAGAGAAAUCUUCAGUAAUAUAUCCACAUUUUAAAGGUCGAUAUUUUUCUAUCUGCUCUCAUGACCUUUACAUCUCAUCGUGCUCAUUAGUUUUCAUAAUCCGUCCUUUUUGCUCGUCGAACGCGUGGAGCUUGACAGUGUAAAGAUUUUACGGAACACUCCGGGAAAAUAAGGUCUUGUCAUUUUAACAACGUUCCACAUGGUGUCCACGCUCCCUGGUUUCAUUCUGCCGUGGUAUUUUCCUCCGACUCUCCCGGUCAACGUCGGUUCAGUCUCCUCUGCUGUGUUUUGCAAUUUUGAAAAGUCCUGGCAAUACACACCAAAAUAAAAAAAAACAAAAACAACAAAAAAAACGAGAUAAAAAAAACAAAGAAAAAAUAUCUACAUGUACAAUAAGAGUAGCUUGUGUUGUGUUCCAAAGCUUCAUGUAUGAAUAAUGAGCUGUUGAUUUGAUAUUAUUGUUAAUGCUGUGGAAGUUUUACCCACAAUGCUCCAGUAUCGCCCACCAGGAAGAAAAAAAAGACACGUAAAAAUUGCCCUGAACAACCCCUGAGACAUCUCAGCAAUCACACACAGAGUGUGGUGCAUUCCAUUGGCCUGAUUAGUACUGUUCAACUGGAUGUGCAUUAUGGGAAAGCAAAAGAAUGGAAAAAAAAAAAAAAGCUGUGUGGCUGUGUUCCAAAAACAACAAGGUAGAACUUACAGUAUUGGCCUGAGACGUGCUGUUCAAUAGCUGCUUCUCAAAUGGCAUACUUAGUGUUGAGUUGAGUCCACACAGGGAAACCCAGAGGGAUGUAGUGCACUAUAAAUACCUGCUUAAGGUAUAAAUGCAGUUAUUAUAUGCCGUGUAGUCGAAGGGGCGGAGCCAUCAGAGUUCGGUGUCGGAAUACAACUACACCAGGGAUAUUCACCUAAAUAUGACUGAAUGACAACAGUUACCUUUAAUGCUCAGCCAUUAAUGAUUAAUACACGGCUAAAAAAAAUAGUACAAGUUGUUGUUUUGUUUUGAACUGGAGCUUCACGUUCUCACCACUUUCGACCGAUGAGAUGAAACGUUUUUUUGAACUUGACGUGACGAAUACGUGAAUACUCUUCUGUCAGAAUCACAAUUCUCUUCUGAUUCGGUAAUCAGUCCAGAGAGGGUAAAUGAAAUAAAAACUAAAUUAAACUCUGUGAAAAACGCUUUCCUUGCUCAAUGAGCUACGUUCAGCUGAACAGUUAGCAGAGGAUCUGCUACAGAAGCCUCAGUGGUUCCUGCUUUAAAGAGUCGCCGAACUACGCCUGAUUAUUUUAUUUCAUUUAUCCAUUUAUUUAUUUAUUUAUUUUUGCUUGAAUACGUUUAGAGAACCGAUCCAGUCCAUGCUCUGCCUGUUUAUGGCCACUUUUUUUUUUUCAGGUAUCGUGCCUGCAUAUUCAGGUAUGUAGUACAUAGUGCAAUGUACGCCAUUUGAGACACAGCUAAUGACUAGGGAUCAGGAUUAUCGAUUUUGUUGGAUUUUAUUACAUUUUGUUCUUCAGCAUACUUAAAGUAAGGAGGAUAGGAGGACGCAACGUCCGCGGGGGUCGCGCAACGACGAAACCACAUUCGCAAGGUUACAAGGACACAGGAUAUCCAUUUGCGUCUUCAUAAUGUCUGUGGAAGAUACUCAAACGCCGUCUCCGCUUGACGUAUGCUGAGGCCCUUUGUCUUUAUUAUCUUUUCAAAAUGAGGCUCUUAUGGAGACAUUAUAUGGAGACAUCUCCACACUCUUUCAGAGAUCCAGUCAAGCAUGAAUCGUAUGACUGGCCACAUCACAUUAACUGUGUGUGUGUGUGUGAGUGUGUGUGUGUGAUUUGUUCUGCACCAGGGAAAAGAUGCUUUUCAACCCAUUUGUCCUUUGAUCAACUCAUUAGUGAACCAACGAUUGAACCUAUGAGCUGAUAGAACGUGUCAUGAUGGGUAUUGUUUUUCAAUCGAGGACAAAGAGGAUAUGUAGGAUAGCUUCUUGUUUAAAUAGACGACGUGUCCAUUUAACCGAGAAUGCACAAACUGGACAGGGACAACCCUUGUAUCUCUGAACUCCGUCCAUCAAAGCAUUGACUAUGAGGUUAAAGUGCAUAAGGUCAGAUUUAAUUUGAAGGUAUUUACAUCUACUAGAUGAGGAUAUUGCAUGAGGAGGUUCAAUUCCAAUCACUGUGCCAUCCUGAAAAUUUAUAAAACAUCUGCAUCUAAUAUUGGUCCAACACCACACACACACACACAUCUUUUUUUUUUUUAUGUCUUUCUUGCUCUUUUGUAAGGACACACCAAGAUUUCAGACACUAAAAAUAACUUAAAUUGACCAAAGUGACACUUUUGGUUUUUGACCAAAAGCACAAAACGUGUUUACAUUUUGACUAAAAAUGUUACCCUGCGUCAUCCGAGGACUUUUUCUUUAAAAGUUACCCUGCCUUAACGCUUCACAUCCUGGUUAAUGUGCGGCCCACAUAUCACUGGUUAAAAAAUUAUUAUAAUAAUAUAUUAUCAGUGCAGUUUUGUGGAAUAUUGUCCCUAUUUAAACGACAUAGUCUUUCAUUACCUGAUACAGUUUUA